CUUAUGUUCAUAUAAUACGAUGUACAUUUACGCACACUUUUAUAUAUUGUUGACUUAUAAAUGUUAACAAUGCUUUUAUUUCGAUAUUUAUAUCUUUCAUAAAAGGAAAUUCGUUAUUCUAUAUAUUUUAAAUUUUUUUACUAUGGUUUUUGGUCAUGCUAGGAAAAGCACCUAUCUUUACCUACUCUUGCCUAUGUUAAUAAGACAAACAAACGCGUUUAAGGGUUUAUCUUAGGGAGAAACCAUGCAAGUAUAUAGGAUGAACUCAACGGAAGAAAUCGUAGAAAGGGUGGAGAAUUCCAAUUUCAUAUCGUGGGCACAAAGUGCUUCAUCUAUUACAGUCCUAACAUUGUCAGUUAUGUUCAACUCACUUGGUGUAUAUCUAUUGAUGCAACUGAAAUCGCCACGUCACAUGAACCAAAUAUACAUCCUAAUGUCAAUGAGUUUUUCCGAAGUUCUACUGGGCGUUGUUUCUAUAAUUUACGUGGUUACUAACUUGUCAGGAUAUGAAAGAGAAAGCAGCUCACAACUUUCUUUAUACUGUGAAGAAAUUAUUACUGGAUUGACAGUAACCUAUUACAUCAUUUUAUUCAUGCUAACACUUGAUCGAUUAUUAGCGUGCGUACUGCUAUUGCAAUAUCCUAGAAUUGCAACGACAAAGAGGACCUUACUUUGUUUAUCAGGAGCUUGGGUUAUUGGUGUUAUCGUGGCAUUUCCAUUCUUCUUUUACAGCCCGGACACAUUUUAUGAGAUUCGGUAUAAAUAUAUUUACAUAUCUCUUGACGGUAUUAUUCUAGCUGCAGUGUUUAUUACGUAUUCUUAUAUUUUUCACAAGACCUCAAGGAAACACCGGACCACGUCAUCUACAGUUCAACGCAGAGGAAAGAUGUUUUUCGUUAUCACAAUUAUCACCGCAACUUUUAUUCUACUUCUAGUUAUUCCUGAUAUAUUAUAUGCGUAUCGGUUUGUGAUCCACGACAUCGGAAGUGACGUUGAAAUGGGCGUUAUUAUGUUUUGUUGGGAACUGAAUUACCUUGCCGAUCCUUGUGUGUAUAUAUUUCUUCAAAAAAAUGUUCGUGCGGUGUUACGACGAAAAAUUGCCGAUAUCCAUCGUAAAAAUUGUCUCACAACUUGUUGUGUUAUGCUACAGCGAAAAUCUAACGAGGUUUCACUUGACAUCCGCGAUCAGAAAAAAAAUUGUAAAAUUGUUUACAUUUGCGACAAUUAAAUGUAAAAUGUUGAUGUCCCUCCUUAAGGUUACUGUAAAGGAAAAAACUCACUUGAUGAGUAGUCUCAGAAAAACCCUUAUAAUUUAUCAAUACUGUUAUAUUUUUUUAUGUCUUUUUGUUUCUGAAUGCUUGAUGAAAGACUUUUUUGAUGGUGUUAUUUUCGUGAGAUGGUAAUUUUACAAAAAGAAAAUAUAAUGAAAUAAACACACACCAAUUUUUCUUCACCGUACGUUUUAAAAUGGCUUCUUUUUCCGAACGCGUGGUCGCAGACUUCUCGUUUUCGCACCAUUAUAUUCAGCACGAAUUAAAUUCAAAAAGGUUCCCGGUUUUCUUUUUCUAAUAACGUUGUUAUGAAAUUAUUUGUAAUUAUAUAUAAUCAUUCAAAAAAAUGCAUAUUUUUUUCUUUCUGUCGUCAUAAUUCGCUAAUCAGUAAUUUAUACAAAAAAAUCCGGGAAUCUUUUGUGAAUAAUUUAUUCAGCUUUUCAUUACCGAAAAUUUCAAUGAGCCAAUAGGAAGCUUUCGGAAAAAGAGACCACAAACGUAAAGGCAUGUAUGCGAAAAUUUACU